AGAGAAUGCGACGGCUUAGUUUAUCUUAUCAGCGCCGUCUCUCGGCCUGAAUUUCUAGAUGCAUCCACCGUAGCAGCGCUAUAGCCACGGCCUUGGCUCUAGCCUUGGCCUCUGUUUUAGCGGCCUUGGGAGUCUUCAGCAGUUGUCAUGCACUGAUCGCCUCUUGACUUGACGUCACAUUUCGUAAAGAUCGGAAAUGGGCGAGCUCUCUAUAUAAGUCCCGGCCAUGACAUCUUUUUUGGCGCAAAAGCCAAGAUAUCUCAGUCGACAUUGCAGCUUCCAGUAUCUAUACGCUUCUAUCCCUUUGACUUUUGCCGAGACCAAGUAGAAAAAGUAAUAGCCAUCAUGCACUCGCCAUCCAAGAAUCAAGACAGCCCGUCGCAGGCGCCACCAGUCAAGGAGCAGCUCGACUUCAAGCAGCAGCUCGACCAAAAGGCAGAUGAGAGUCGUACUCGUGAGAACGGCAAUGGAGGAGAAUCAUUCAUCGAAACGGUUGUUCACAAGAUCUCACAAGCCAUUCCAGCUACGGUGCCCAUUCUUGGCGGAUCAAAUCCAGAGGGCAAGGUGGAAGACGAAGGAGAAGCCGGUCCUCCUAAUCGGCCAGAGAACGACGUCCAGAUCGAGGAGUUUGUGAGGGAGCAGCAUCGAAGCAAGUAUGUCGGAGAGACUGACGAGGGCGCGAAUCUUUCAAAGGCAUGAGUCCAUGCAUGUGUAAAGUGGAAAUACACAUACCAGGUCGAAUGUACUUUUAAUCAAUUUUGCUUCUUUUCGCUUCAAACAGAGAUGCCCACAUCGUCAUGACAAUUUUCGUUUCACCAUCGCACAGGCAUUUCUACGAGCCGUUUGCACGCAGCAAACCCAUGCAAACUACACACAGGAGCUCACGACAAGAGACAGCCCAUUGCCCAGGCAGGCUCAAGCGAUUUUAACUCGACUACAAAGCAUCUGCGAAGAAAAUGCACCGACAUUCAUUCGUUCAGCUCGUGUUCAGCGGCACCUUGGCGCUACACCAAGGGCGCGCACG